AAGCCCUUCAGGUAUGAAACGGCGUCGCAUCUGACUGUGACAAACUGACAGCAACCUCCGGCAGCCAUUCUUUGAGAUCUCCGCGUUCACAUGUAUGAGCUUCUUCUGUGUCUGCAUUCGUUUGAUUACACAGUUGUUGAAAGGUGAAGUUUGAUCACAAAGAGUUGGGAUAACUUUAUACUCAAUAUGGUUGCUGCUGCAUAUCACCAAGCAAUAUGCUUCACUGCCAACGAGGGUGCUAGGGACUUCCUGGUCACAUCUUCAUCUGGGAGUCUUAAAAUGAAACCAGUGUUUAGAAAAGAGAGAUGCAGUUUGAGGCAGUAUGUAAACUGUGUGAAGUAUUCAUCAGAGUCACCUUUAUGUGCUAUUAAGCCAAUUUUCUCCUCAUUAUCAAGUACCAAUGAUUCGCGGAGAACAGUACGUGAGUACACUCCUUCCCAGUAAUUCUUGUUAUCAUCUAUCAAAAACUGAAUCAUACUUGAUCUUAAUACGGCAUGGAGAAUCAAUGUGGAAUGAAAAGAACCUGUUCACUGGUUGUGUAGAUGUGCCACUCACCACUAAAGGUGUUGACGAAGCAAUUGAAGCCGGUAAGAGAAUUAGACACUUACCCAUUGAUGUUGUCUACAUCUCUGCAUUGAUUCGUUCUCAGAUGACGGCCAUGCUUGCCCUAACAGAGCACCACUGCAAGAAGGUGCCCAUUAUUGUACACGAUGAGACUGAACAAGCCAAAGUAUGGAGUCAAAUUUAUAGUGAAGGCACCGAGAUGCAGUCUGUUCCUGUUGUUAAAGCAUGGCAACUGAAUGAAAGAAUGUACGGGGAACUUCAAGGGUUUAAUAAGCUGGAAACAGCUGAAAGAUGCGGAAAAGAGCAAGUCUAUAAAUGGCGCCGAAGCUAUGAUGCUCGACCACCCAACGGUGAGAGCUUGGAAAUGUGCUUGCGAAGAGCUGUUACCUAUUUUAAAGAGCAAAUUGAACCCCAACUUUCCAGUGGAAAGAAUGUAAUGGUAGUAGCUCAUGCAAAUUCAUUGAGGUCCAUCCUAAUGUAUCUCGAUAAAUUGACUGCUGAGGAGGUCAUCCACUUAGAACUCUCAACUGGAGUGCCAAUGCUUUACAUAUAUAGAGAAAAUCAAUUCAUCAGGAGAGGAAGUCCCUUGGGAUCUACGGAGGAUGGAGUUUAUGCUUAUACAGAGAAUUUGGCCUUAUACAAGCAAAAUCUGUUAGAUGAAGUGUUAGAUGAAGUGUCAUUAUAACUUUUUCUCCUGAAAAGAAAAAGCUAUCAUGCAAGCUUAAAUAUGUUCAUGUUGUUAGAAGUUCAUUGAGGUAUCUUGAGUCAUCAAUAAUCCUGAGAAACACAAGAGCCA